AUGACUGGAGAGAAACUCGUCUUAGCAGAUCCCAGUACCGUCCCGAGUUUUCCCAAAGAGAUGAUUGUCACUAUGGACAAGCUCUCGGGACAAUACGGCCAUCCGAUGAUCAUGUUGGCCGAUCCCAGUAAGACACGAGCGCUAUUCCCAUUUGUCAAGGAUCUCAAAGCCUGGCUGAAGGGAAUUAAUCUAGCCAAAGGUAAUAUGGCUGAAAGGCCAGACUUUGCAGCUCACAAUGAACAAGGAGUAAGAAGAGAAUCAGGUCUGCCAGAGUAG